AUGAGUUACAACACAGGAGCUACCUUCGUUCCGGGAGGAGACGACUCCUAUUAUAUGCCAGAGCUCGCGCAGCCUACUCCAAACAGGUAUGCUGAUCAGAAUCCAAGUAGUGGUCCGUCGCUGAACGGCUCAAGGGCCUAUGAACUGCCGACUAAUAUGCAACACAAUGUUGCUCAGAUGGAACACGUUGCGUCAAGUCCUAACUCUUCAGCUUAUUCCGGUUCUGUCUAUACUCCCCAGUCCGCAGAAUACGCGCCCGCAAACAUGAAUGCGUGGUCGAGUGCGGUGCCCCCAAGCGAUUACCACAAUGGUUACGACCAGAGGGCUCCCUCACACAACCCUCCUCAGUCGUUCCAGCAGAACAAUUACCCUCCACGAACGACGUCAACCGCGCAGAUAGAGCAGCCAAACUUCUCUCCAUUUCCCGUCCUUCGCAAUCCUCCGCCUAAUAUCCCUCCCACCGACGAGCAGAAAGAGGCGACUCUGGAAGCUGCGAGGGCCGCUGUACUGAGCUGCAACGAUCCCGAUACACAGUUGACAUGGGCACAAGAUGCGCUAGCAUAUGUCGAAAUUUGUCAGCAAAAUGAAGAAAGGGUAGCUUUGGCACAGACACCCAGGUCGAGAACGCCUCGGAUAGAACAUAUGUUGAGGGAAGAUGCGCUCAAAAUCACAAACUUCCUGGCUGACCAGCAUCACCCCAAGGCUGAGUUCAUGAGGGGUAUGUGGUUGGAGUUUGGCAAGUUCGGUCACAGGAUUGACAAGAAAGAGGCAUUCCUCUGCUAUUCCAGAGCAGCUGAACGGGGCUACGUUCGAGCUGACUACAGGAUUGGGAUGCAAUUCGAGUCAUCGAAUGACGCUUUGAAGGCUAUAAAAUACUAUCAGAAGGGGGCGGACGCCUCAGAUUCUGCUUCAUGUUACCGGCUGGGGAUGAUGACACUGCUCGGUCAACACGGGCAACCACAAGAUUAUGAACGUGGUCUUCAGCUGAUCUAUCUUGCUGCGCAGACAGCCGAUGAGAAUGCUCCACAAGGCGCUUUUGUUUUCGGUAUGCUGCAGGCGCAUCAGAUGACACAAGUCCAAGUACCCGAGCGUUAUCUCCCCAAGGACAUCUCUGCUGCCAAGAUUAACAUUGAAAAGGCCGCGUAUCUGGGUUUUGCCAAAGCACAGGUCAAGAUGGGACAGGCCUACGAGCUUGGGGAAUUGGGAUGUCCCUUUGACCCUGCGCUCUCCUUACAUUACAACGCUCUUGCUGCUAGGCAAGGCGAGCCUGAGGCGGAGCUUGCAAUCAGCAAAUGGUUUCUCUGCGGCCACGAGGGAUUAUUUGAAAAGAACGAGGAAAUGGCCUUUACGUAUGCACAGCGUGCAGCAUUGGCCGGAUUUCCUACCGCACAAUUCGCCAUGGGCUAUUACUAUGAAGUCGGUAUAUACGUACCGGUGAACUUCGAACAAGCCAAGGAGUGGUACCGCAAAGCGUCGCAGAGCGGAAACCAAGAUGCAAAUGGAAGAAUUGAUGCUAUUUCCAGGUCAAAGACCCUAUCGCGGAAGGACCACGAAAGCGUUGCUCUCUCCAAAAUUAGACAACAGCGUGGCUCGAUGAUAGGGCGACCACAAAUGCCAAUGCUUGCAGAAGAGAGGCUGGACAUGCCUGAUCCCUCCCGGUUAUCUCUCGAAAACCGAAAGCCUUCUCCAGGCCGACCGGGAAGCACUGCUCCAUACCCCACUGGUCCCUCGAAUUUGCCACAUGUUCCAGAUUUCCGGCCAACGUCUGGAUUCGGCAGCAACCCCAAUAUACGACCGAGUUCCACUGCUCCUUUGGGAGGACUCAGGCCUGAUCCAUAUGGUCAACCUCAUUUGUCUCCACAGACGCGCCCUUACUCGAGCAACGAUACUCGGGUUCCAGGACCUGGAUAUGGUCGUGGUGAUCGCAUACCUUCUGGACCGGCUCCUUCACGCCCGGGACCUCCGCCGCAACGACCCGGCACUGCUUCACCUCAUAUUGGGGCCCAGGCACCACCUAAGCUUGACAUCGGGUAUUCUGCUCCCCUCGAACAAAGACGACCUCAGCAACCUCCACAGCCUAAUGGCUAUGGAAGACCACAGCCACCUGGGCCCGGUCCCCACGGUCCUCCUCGUCCCUCUCCUCGCCCUGGUCAGGCUCCGCCUCAGUCACAGGGACCUCCUCAAAAUCGCCCUGCACCACAGAACGCUAGACCGGGCUACGGCAACCCACCGCAAAACAUCAGGCCAGCAAACAUGCCUCCGUCCAAGCCAGCCGCUAAUGCACCGAGUGGGAAUGCUCCUCCGUCUAAGCCCAAUCAAGUGUCAGCAAACGCAGCUCGCCCUCCUGGCAAGGGUCCCAAGACGUUUGACGAAAUGGGCGUUCCUGCGGGCAAAGACAAAGGCGAAUGUAUUGUUAUGUGA